GGGACGGCCAUGGGGUUGGUCAUCAACACGGGUGACCGGACCAUCAUCGGACGCAUCGCCAGUUUGGCUUCCGGGGUGGAGAACGAGAAGACCCCCAUCGCCAUCGAGAUCGAGCACUUCGUCGACAUCAUCGCCGGCCUCGCCAUCUUCUUCGGCGCCACCUUCUUCGUGGUGGCCAUGGUCAUCGGUUACCCCUUCCUCCGGGCCAUGGUCUUCUUCAUGGCCAUCGUCGUGGCCUACGUCCCCGAGGGGCUGCUGGCCACUGUCACGGUUUGCCUCUCGUUGACGGCCAAACGGCUGGCGAGGAAGAACUGCGUGGUGAAGAACCUGGAAGCGGUGGAGACUUUGGGUUCCACCUCCGUCAUCUGCUCCGACAAGACGGGGACCCUCACCCAAAACCGCAUGACGGUGGCCCACCUCUGGUUCGACAACCAGAUCCAUACGGCCGACACCACCGAGGACCAAUCGGGGCAGAGCUUCGACCAGUCCUCGGAGACGUGGACCAUGUUGAGCCGCGUCGUCGCCCUCUGCAACAGGGCCCAGUUCAAACCGGGACAGGACAACGUCCCCGUGGCCAAGCGUGAGGUCAUCGGCGACGCGUCGGAGACGGCGCUGCUGAAGUUCGCGGAGGUGACGGUGGGGCCGGCGGCGGAGGCACGGGGCCGGUUCCCCAAAGUGGCCGAGUUGCCCUUCAACUCCACCAACAAGUUCCAGCUGUCGGUGCACGAGGCAGGAGAACGUCAACUGUUGGUGCUGAAAGGUGCCCCCGAGCGGGUGCUGGAGAGGUGCAACACGGUGCUGCUGAAGGGACAGGAGUUGGCCCUGGACGCCCAGUGGCGGGAGGCCACCCCUGGUUGACACGGGGGGACAGGAGGACACGGGGUCAGGAGGGAGGUGGGGAUGGGGGCCCACCAAGACCAUGGAGGAACAUUGGAGACCAGAGGGGACCACGAGGAACCACGGGUGGCCCUCAGGGCCCCUCUUCGAUGGCCCCCGUGUCCCCUUGUCCCCCAGGUGAUCAUGGUGACCGGGGACCACCCCAUCACGGCCAAGGCCAUCGCGGCGGCCGUUGGCAUCAUCUCCGAGGGCAGCGAGACCCCCGAGGAGGUGGCAGCUCGCCUCCGCCUUCCCCUGGAGCGGGUGGACCCCAGGCAGGCCCGGGCGCGGGUGGUGACGGGGGCGGAGUUGGCGGCCAUGACACCGGGAGCUUUGGAAGGUCUUCUCCGCGCCCACCCCGAGAUGGUCUUCGCCCGGACGUCACCGCAGCAGAAACUUGUCAUCGUGGAGAGCUGCCAGCGGCUGGGCGCCAUCGUGGCGGUGACGGGGGACGGGGUGAACGACUCCCCGGCGCUGAAGAAGGCGGACAUCGGGGUGGCCAUGGGCAUCGCCGGCUCCGACGCCGCCAAGAACGCGGCCGACAUGAUCCUCCUCGAUGACAACUUCGCCUCCAUCGUCACCGGAGUGGAGCAAGGUCGCCUGAUCUUUGACAACCUGAAGAAGUCCAUCGCCUACACGUUGACCAAGAACAUCCCCGAGUUGACCCCGUACCUCAUCUACAUCACGGCCAGCGUCCCCCUGCCCUUGGGUUGCAUCACCAUCCUCUUCAUCGAGCUCUGCACCGACAUCGUGAGUGGGCGGACAUCGCGGUCACCACCCCGAACACGUGGGGUCACCACCCCAGACACCUGGGGUCCAUCAACCAGUCCAUCCACUGGUCGUUAAGGUGCCAUCCAGUCCUUCGCCGGCUUCACCGCCUACUUCGUGGCCAUGGCUCAGGAGGGCUGGUGGCCGCUGCUCUGCCUGGGGCUGCGCCCGCGCUGGGAGGACACCCACGAGCAGGAGCUGCAGGACAGCUACGGCCAACAAUGGACCUUCGAGCAGCGCCGGUACCAACAGUACACGUGUUACACCGUCUUCUUCAUCAGCAUCGAGAUGUGCCAAAUCGCCGACGUCCUCAUCCGCAAGACCCGACGCCUCUCCCUCUUCCAGCAGGGCCUCUUCCGGAACCGCAUCCUGGUGAUCGCCAUCGUGUUCCAGGUGUCCAUCGGCUGUUUCCUCUGUUACUGCCCCGGAAUGCCCAACGUCUUCAACUUUAUGCCCAUACGGUGCGACCCCAUACGGGAUAAACCCCUCCCCCCACCCCCAAAUAUCGGGGUGGGGAAGACGCCCAUCGCGGUGGAGAUCGAGCACUUCAUCCAGCUCAUCACCGGCGUCGCCGUCUUCCUCGGCAUCUCCUUCUUCAUCCUCUCCCUCAUCCUGGGCUACACCUGGCUGGAGGCCGUCAUCUUCCUCAUCGGCAUCAUCGUGGCCAACGUCCCCGAGGGAUCACCGGCCGUCAUCUUCCUCAUCGGCUUCAUCGUGGCCAACGUCCCCGAGGGGCUGCUGGCCACCGUCACC